AUGUCUGCACCAAACGAAACUGGUGAAGAACUAUUACUUCAAAAUCAAGAAGAAACUGUUCCACAGACCGAGGUUGUUCAUUCCCAUCGUUCCAAACAUAGAUUUUUACCAUUUAUCCACAAAAUGUAUUGGUUUUUUUAUAGAAAACCACUUUUCUUCUUGAUAUUUUUACCUGCAGCAACUAACGGAUUCAUAUUGAUUCAAGCUUACGUAUAUAUGGGCAAAAUUGUUGAUGCUUUAGGCGAAGAAAAUCCAAUUCCACUGAUUAGAAAAUAUUCAUUAUUAACAUUCAUCUUUGCUUUCUUUUGCGCAAUACUUAGCUUCUGCAAUUUUGCAUUUUGGAUUCAAAUUGGUUCUAUUAUUGGAAUUAAAAUUAAAAGAUUGCUCUUUAAAUCAUACAUGGAGAAAGAUAUUGAAUUCUACGACAGAAGAAGUAUUGGUGAAUUAUUAAAUUUACUUAAUGAUGAUUCAAUGGCCAUCGAAGGCGUAUUUGAACAAUCAAAAGUGAAUCAAGUGAAAGCUAUCGGCCAAUUAGUAUCCGCAGUCAUUGUAUCAGCGAGAAUAAACCUAGAGCUUACUAUGCUUUCGCUGUCAGUUUCAGUGAUAAUUGCAGUUAUUCUUAAAUUCUUCCGUCAGCAAGGUGGAAAGCAUAUGAGAGCUAGAUCCAUUGUCCAAUCUGUUGGUGUAACAGUGUUCGAUGAAAUAAUUAGCAAUCCAAGAGUUGUUUAUUCGAAUAAUCAAGAAGAGAACGAAGCAGAGAGAUUCAACCACGUUAACACUCAAGCUGCUUACCAUCAUAAAACCAUGCAUCGCCUCUUCUUUUCAGCUUUUGAAACAGGAAGUUUAAUAAAUUCCGGAACUCUCUCAAUGAUCAUUACUUUGGGAGGCUACAUCAUCAUGCAUGACAAACUAAGUGUUGGAGACUUACUCGCCAUCAUCAGAGCUACUCGUAUGUUCGGUUUUGAGUUAAUGAUGAUUAUGGGUAGUAUAAACCGUGAAGUAAGAGCAUGGGACUCAGCAGACAGAAUCUGGGAGACAGUAGAAGACCCAAUAAAGAUAGAUCCUUACGAAGGAAUCGCUCCAGAAAGCAUAAAAGGUGACAUUGAAUUCAAAAAUGUUUGGUUCAAGUAUCCAACGCGAGAUUCAUGGAUUCUCAAGAAUGUAUCAUUCUGUGUUCAACCUGGAGAGAUAUCAGCAUUCGUUGGACACAGUGGUAGUGGAAAAAGUACAAUUGUUCAAUUGUUAAUGAGAUUUUACGAUGUAAACGAAGGCCAAGUUUUAAUUGAUGGAAAAGACAUCAGGGAAUAUUCUCCAUCAUUUUUACAUCGAUCUAUUGGUGUUGUACAACAAGAUUCCGCUUUGUUUACUAUGACUGUCAAAGAGAACUUGAAGUACGGAGCUCCAAACGCAACAGAUGAAGAAGUUGUUCAAGCAGCAGUGAUUGCAAAUGCUGACAAAUUCAUAAGAAAACUGCCACAAGAAUACAACUUUUCCAUUGGCGAAAAAGGAAUGAACUUGAGUGGUGGACAGAGACAAAGACUUGCAAUUGCACGCGCUGUUGUAAAGAAUCCGAAGAUCUUGAUAACUGAUGAAGCAACAGCAGCUUUGGACGCUGUUUCUGAAAAGAAAGUUCAAAAAGCUUUGGACAAUGUUAUGAAAGGAAGAACUUCAAUCAUCGUUGCUCAUAGACUUGGAACAAUAAGAAGUGCAAAUAUGAUUUAUGUGUUCGAUGCAGGCGAGUUGGUUGAGUCAGGAACACAUGAGGAACUUGUAAGUAAGAGAGGCUCUUAUUACGAUUUGGUCAAACUUCAACUUGAAGAUUAA